ACCAAGCACAGACCUCAGCACGUCCGAGGAUGAUGGGUGGCCGAGGCACAGGAGGCAAGUGGCCCUCAGCCUUCGGGCUGCUGCUGCUCUGGGGGGUCGCAGCCUCCGCCCUUCCCCUGGAGAGUGGCCCUACUGGCCAGGACAGUGUGCAGGAAGCCACCGAGGGGAGGAGCGGCCUUCUGACUUUCCUUGCCUGGUGGCACGAGUGGGCUUCCCAAGCCAGCUCCAGCACCCCCGUCGGAGGGGGUACCCCCGGGCUGUCCAAGAGCCAGGAAAGGCCACCCCCCCAACAGCCCCCACACCUGGAUAAAAAGCCCUGCAAGAACUUCUUCUGGAAAACCUUCUCCUCGUGCAAGUAACCCCACCCUGGGCAUAGCACCCUGGCCACCCUGUGAGAUGCCAACGAGACCUGAAUAAAGACUGUCAAUCAGCGGGGAGCUUUCUUCUUAUGUCAGCUUUGCCUCCCCUGCCCUGUGAGAAUCAUUGGUUUCAGUAAUGCUCGCUACCGACAACAGGUCAACUAAGGGAUUGGAGAUUCAGUGACCCCCUCCAAAUAAAAUGGUGGUGGCUCUUGCUCCAAUCAGCAGAA